AUGGCUCGUACAAGAAUCCAAAAAUCCAAUAGUCAGAAUAGGAAACAAAGAAAGUCUGUGAACCCUUUGUUAGGUAGAAUUCAACCACUGGAUGGUUCAUCUCCUAAUGGCACAAACACCAAGAAGAAUCGUAAGACCAAUGAGAAAGAAGGGUAUAAAGUGGUGAAUGGGAAACUAGUUAGCUCUAACGAUGUCGGAGUUUUAUUAAGAGAAGCUGCUAAGACAGUAGCUCGUAAGAGUAACAAUGCUAUAUCCACUUCCAGAAAUAACAAUAACGUGUCUGGAAGGAAAAUGGCUCUCCAGAAAAAUUCAUCUAGAAAUAAUAAAAUCAAUAACAAUAAUAAUAGUACCAAACCAAACAAUCGUAUAAGAAUCAACAGAAAUAACAAUCAAAACCAAAGCAGAACUAAGAAUAACAACAAUCAAAAUAACAAUAUACGCCCUCAAAAUGGCGCACAACCUCCUUUCACCAAUGGGUACAAUCAACUGGUUAUAUCAACUAAUGCAGACGCUUCAGAUAAAAUAUUAGUGUUAUACAAUUUGGCAUUGGGAGUCAAACAAGAAAAUUUGAAACGAAUCCUACAAAAGUUAUCUAAUUCAAAAAUUGGUAGAGUGAGAGUACGUGAUUUACCUUCUGGCUCUGCAACUGCUAGUGUACGGUUAUUGAAUGCCACCAUGGAAGAAUUGGAACACGUUAGAUCCAUGUUCGAUGGGGCAUUAGUAGACGGAAGAACUAUUCAAGUAUUGAUCUCCUCUGAGUCUAGCUCUCAAUUAUCAUACUGA